UUACAGGUGUGAGCCACCAUGUUCAGCCUGUUUUCAUAUUUUUAAAGGAACUGUUUUAAGGGAAAACUUAGAUGACCUAUGAUUCAUUGGCAUAAUAAUACUUGACCUUCGUUCUUCUUACUUUUUACGGUAAUUAACUUUAACUCCAGACACAAUUUCUCAGGGAUGGUUAUUGAACACCAGGUGAAGAGACAGGUUUCUUCCACUCCUGUUUUGCAACCUCCUUUCCUAUUUAGCACGCAUUGCUAUGCCUUAGGAAGGACAUUUGUGGGCGGUUAGGGUUGAAUCUGUUCUCUGGCCACUAGGGGGUGCGCCUAUCAAAGGCAUGUGUGUGAGAAACUCCGCAGGCUGAUGGUGCUUCGAUAAAGAGCAGGUCUGAUGUGUUCAUGAGGUGGAGGACUUAGUGGGGGCUAAGUUCAGCAGGUUCAGAAGAAUGCUUUUCCAGCCAGAAUCUUCCUCCUUCCCCCUUGUAGCUCAAAAUCUCCAAUAACUCUGGCCCCUGGCUGUGGCAGAAGGAGACGCAACAUAUUAAACAGUGUCAAUCCUUCGUCUCUGAGUGUAUCGUGCAAACUUCCUUAGCAUCCUUUCUUUGCACAUGGGGCUUUAGAGCAAAAGAGCACCAUCCAGCAGGUGCAAGGGUGACACGCAGGGGACCAAGGGCGAGGAAACAUCAGGGUCUCGUGAUAUAUAAGCAAGUCAAUUCUGUGUGAGGCUAAUAAAACAUAGCUUUUAUGAGUGCAGCCUUUGGUGCCAGACUGCCUGGUUUUGCAUCCCAGCUUCAUUGUUCAUUAGCUGUGUGACACUGGACAAUUUACCUAACUUUCCUUGCCUCAUUAGUAAGUUGGAUCUAGUAGUAUCUCCCACCCAGGCUUGUUAUGGACAUUAAUGAGUUAAUUGAUGUUAAGUUCUGAGAAGCCUUGGCAUGGAGCCAAUUUUAGUAAGUUUUUUACAGUUGAUGAUUGUCAUUUGGAUCUGAUGGUGGAAAUGAGUCUGCAGAAUGCAUCUACACCCCAGAUGACUGGGGACAUUCUUCAACGUGGCUUCAAAAACAGUUAAUCCUGAGGAGGGGCAUAUCCCAAAGUCCACGAAUUCUAGAGAAUUUUCAUGAGAGUGCUUAGCAGUGCAGGAGUUUUAUACCCCUCAAAGAGCCUCUUUAGUGAAGGAAGAGGUGGAUUUUUUUGCUUCGCGUUUUUGCUACUCAGGAAUUAGCAUGUAGACGCAUAGCCAAGGAUGUCUUUAUGGUGCCUGCUCUUGUGCAGAUUUUCAAAAGCAGGUAAGGCUCAAAACCACAAUAUACAUUGAAUCAAUGUUACUGUCCACGACAGGAAACACUUUUCUAUCCAUGAUACCCUUUGGAGAGUGCCUUGGACCUAGGCUAGGCACUGCUAGGACAGAGGACCACCAGAAUCUGGCGGGGCUGAGUGGUGAUGGGGUCCUGGUACCUGGGAUGGGUAGUUAUAGGCAUCCAGCACCUCUUCCUCCAAUGAUUUUCUGUAGGUGCCUGUACUCGUGACUUUGCCUCUAGUAGGAUCAUAUCAAAGCACCCCUGAGAAUCACGCUGGUUAUUCUGGGGUACGGGCAAGAGAGGGAAGGAAUGACCAGUUAAGAGUCCCAUGAUCCAGUUACCUGCCUCCCAUUGACCCUGCUUUUGAUGGCCAUCGAACAGCUCCACGUGAAGCUAGCAUGCCUUCUAUGUUUAUCCUUUCUCCUGAGACAGUGUGCUGUUGUGAUACUUUUUAUUUUGUUUUCUGUUUUUCCAAGUGGUGACUUUGUCACAGUGUCCUUCCUACCUCUGAAUUCAGUGCGAUGUGACCUCGGGAGAGGAGAUGUGAGCACGAUGUCCAGACUCGGACAUGUCUGUUUCACGUCUGCCAGGAAGUAAUUUUAUGCUGGGAGCCGGCUUCAUGGCGUGGGAUUCUAAUUCUGGGGAUGGCAUUUUGUAUGUGUAGGAAGACUGUCAAAACCUUUCCAAUGGGAAGGGACAAGAACCAAUUUGAGAAUCACAUGGUUACAUAAGAACUGGCCCUGUGCGGGCAUCUCUGCACACUUCCUGUACUUGUUCAUUCUGAAGACGAGAGAAAGAGGAGCAGGAAGAAUCUUCCAUGAACUCUGCAAACCUACAAACUUUCCAAUGAGAAGUGGUGCACACUCCCCCGAUGGUGCUUGGGACAACAUGGUUCAAAGGAAUCAUGUCAACCCUGCCAUGGACUUCACGCAGACUCCACCUGGGAUGUUGGCUCUGGACAACAUGCUGUACUUUGCCAAGCACCACCAAGAUGCUUACAUCCGGAUUGUGCUUGAGAACAGUAGCCGAGAAGAUAAGCAUGAAUGUCCCUUUGGCCGCAGUAGUAUAGAGCUGACCAAGAUGCUGUGUGAGAUCUUGAAAGUGGGCGAGUUGCCUAGUGAGACCUGCAACGACUUCCACCCGAUGUUCUUCACCCACGACAGAUCCUUUGAGGAGUUUUUCUGCAUCUGUAUCCAACUCCUGAACAAGACAUGGAAGGAAAUGAGGGCAACUUCUGAAGACUUCAACAAGGUAAUGCAGGUGGUGAAGGAGCAGGUUAUGAGAGCACUUACAACCAAGCCUAGCUCCCUGGACCAGUUCAAGAGCAAACUGCAGAACCUGAGCUACACUGAGAUCCUGAAAAUCCGCCAGUCCGAGAGGAUGAACCAGGAAGAUUUCCAGUCCCGCCCGAUUUUGGAACUAAAGGAGAAGAUUCAGCCAGAAAUCUUAGAGCUGAUCAAACAGCAACGCCUGAACCGCCUCGUGGAAGGGACCUGCUUUAGGAAACUCAACGCCCGGCGGAGGCAAGACAAGUUUUGGUAUUGUCGGCUUUCGCCAAAUCACAAAGUCCUGCAUUACGGAGACUUAGAAGAGAGUCCUCAGGGAGAAGUGCCUCACGAUUCCUUGCAGGACAAACUGCCGGUGGCAGAUAUCAAAGCCGUGGUGACGGGAAAGGACUGCCCUCAUAUGAAAGAGAAAGGUGCCCUUAAACAAAACAAGGAGGUGCUUGAACUCGCUUUCUCCAUCUUGUAUGACUCAAACUGCCAACUGAACUUCAUCGCUCCUGACAAGCAUGAGUACUGUAUCUGGACGGAUGGACUGAAUGCGCUACUCGGGAAGGACAUGAUGAGCGACCUGACGCGGAAUGACCUGGACACCCUGCUUAGCAUGGAAAUCAAGCUCCGCCUACUGGACCUGGAAAACAUCCAGAUCCCUGAUGCACCUCCGCCGAUUCCCAAGGAGCCCAGCAACUAUGACUUCGUCUAUGACUGUAACUGAAGUGGCCGGGCCCAGACACGCCCCUUCCAAAACUGGAACACCUAGCUAACAGGAGAGAGGAAUGAAAACACGCCCACGCCUUGGAACCCUCCUUUGGUAAAGGGAAGCUGUGGGUCCACAUUCCCUUCAACAUCACCUCUAACCCCGGCAACUUUCAGCCCCUAGCUGGCAUCUUGCUCACCACCCUGAUUCUGUUCCUCGGCUCCAGUGCUUCAGGUCACUUCCCAUGGCUGCAGUCCACCGGUGGGACAAGAGCAAAGCCUACUGCUAGUAAGAAGGCCAAAGGACCCUUCCAUCCUAGCCCCCCGCAGGCAUGCCCUUCCUUCCCCGUGGCAGGAAAGCCAGCAGCCCCAGACUGCCCCAAAACUUGCCCACCAGACCAAGGGGGGUGCCCCACGGCCCCUGUCUGGAGGAAAUGGCCCAGCUAUUUGGUAAGAAGACCAAACCCCACAUCCUCCUUUCCCCUCUCUCUAGAAUCAUCUCGUACCACCAGUUCCACUUGAAUUGAGAUCUGCGCUCAAAUCUCCUCCCACCUCCCUCCCUGCUUUUGCCUUGCUCUGUUCCUCUUUGGUCCCAAGAGCAGCAGCCGCAGCCUCCUCGUGAUCCUCCCUAGCAUCAGUUUCCCGAACAGUCCACGGGUCCCACGCCCACUUUGCGUCUGCACUGUGAUCGUGACAAAUCUUCCCUCCUCACCAGCUAGUCUAGGGUUUCCUCUCCCUGCCCCAGGCCAGAACUGCCUUCUUCAUUUCCACCCACACUCCCAGCCUUUUAGCUGAAAGCACAAAUGGUGAAAUCAGUAGUCUCGCUCCAUCUCUAAUAGACUAAACCUAAAUGCCUCUAGGACAGGCUGUUGCUAUCCAAGGGUUUGGUGUUACCUUCUCCUGGGAGGUCCUGCUGCAACAUGAGUUCCACAGGAUGGUCAAACUGUCAGACAUCCAAGUUUACAUCAUUGUAAUUAUUACUGGUAUUUACAAUUUGCAAGAGUUUUGGGUUAGUGUUUUUUUUUUUUUUUUUUUUGGCUUUGUUUUUGUACAAAAGAGUCUAACAUUUUUUGCCAAACAGAUAUAUAUUUAAUGAAAAGAAGAGAUACAUAAAUGUGUGAAUUUCCAGUUUUUUUUUAAUUAUUUUAAUCCCAAACAUCUUCCUGAAAAUAACAUUCCCUUAAACAUGCUGUGGAAUAAAAUGGAUUGUGAUGAUUUGGGGAGCUGGUGUUUUGAUUUAGUAACUUAGGUUCUUGCUACUAAGUCAUCAGCAUCACCUAGGAGCUUGUUGGAGAUGCCAGCUCUUCAGCUCUGCCCCAGACCUGCUGAAUUGGGUGAUGUGUAUGUA